AACAGUCGGCGCUGAAAGGUUGCAGGUGAAGCCAAGCCAAGCAAUCAAGUGUGUGUUUUUAGUGGCAUCGUUGUUGCAGUGUGUUUUGCUAGUUUUGCUCUUCGUUGCCGUUAGCGCUAUGCCGCGAAGCAUACUGCAAGACCAUUUGCUUCUCUCUGAGCUAAAAUGGUCAGAGAUAGAAGAUCUCUUAGCACUAGAGGUGUUAGGCGAGACUCGCCGUGACCCACUCUCCUUCCGUGGCCUGCUAAACAUCGACGCCAUGGACAACGGCAUGUUCAGGACAUGUUUUCGUUUUGAGAAAGAGGACGUACCGAAGCUGCGAGUAGCCUUGCGCAUUCCGGAAACGGUUAUGACUGCUCAAAGAGUGCCGAUCCCUGGAGACGAAGCCCUCUGCAUUACGCUUCGGCGGCUGGCAUACCCAAACCGACUAAAGGACCUUGAGAACUUCUUCGGCCGACAUAGUUCGACGAUAUCGUCCUUGACGAUAGAGGUGCUGAGGCACAUUGAUGAGAAAUUCUUCCACCUGCUGGACGAUGUGAAUAACCACAGCUGGCUGACCAUCGACAUGCUGGAGAAUUUCUCGAAGGCCAUUUACGCUAAAGGAGCCCCACUUACCAACUGCUGGGGCUUCAUUGAUGGCACUGCGCGUGCUAUAUGCCGACCAACCAGGCAGCAGCAGCUGUACUUUAGCGGGCACAAAAGAUUUCAUGCCCUGAAGUAUCAGUCAAUAAUGUGCCCGAAUGGCAUCAUUUGCCAAUUGGAUGGAUGUUAUCCAGGCAGCAAGCACGAUGCUGGCAACUUUGGCAACAGCCAGGCAUACACAAAGCUGGAAAAGCUCGUGCAGGGACACCACUACUGCCUCUACGGGGACCCUGCUUACCCAAUGCGGCCACUACUGUUGAAACCUUACGGCGGUGCAUCUUUGACACCGGAGCAAUGCGCGUUUAACAAGGCAAUGAGCAGCGUGAGGCAGGCCGUGGAAUGGGGCUUCGGAAAAAUUUCUGGACUCUUUGCCUUUGUAGAUUUCAAAAAAAACCAGAAGAUCUUCCGCCAGAAUGUUGCAAGGAUGUACAAAGCGAGUGCAUUGCUGGCAAACUGCCAUACUUGCCUGUAUGGUGCACAGGUCUCGCAAUACUUUGACCUGCAACCACCAUCCUUGGAAGUGUACCUGAAUGCCCGUUAACUUUAGUGACAGCUUGCAAUGUGGCACUGGUGAAUACCUUUGCUUAUUAAAAGAAUAAAGUGUGCAACAAACCACUUUUUUAUUAUUCA